CUCCUUUCUCUCCAUUCUCUCCUCCUCUUCGGCCUCCCCUCCCCCUCCCCCGCCCUCGGCCUUCCCCUUUGCCAUGUCUACCAGCUCCGCCCUCGCCAACACCGCCCGCUCGCUCGGUCGCUUCAUCGACGCCUCGCCGUCGCCGUUCCAUGCUGUGCAGACGGUUGUCAAGCGCCUGGAGGCGGCCGGCUUCACGCGCCUGCGCGAGUGCGAUCCCUGGUCGCCCUCGGCCGCUGCCCCGAUGGAAAUCACCCCUGGUGGUCGAUACUUUGUUGUGCGCAAUGGCAGUGCCAUUGUGGCCUUCGCCGCUGGCCAGAGUGCCACCUCCGGCUUCCACAUUGUCGGCACCCACACCGACAGCCCCUGCCCGCGGAUUCGCGCCCGGUCGACCCUCGCCUCGCAGGGCUACGUCCAGGUCGGCGUGGAGACCUACGGCGGUGGGCUUUGGCACACCUGGUUUGAUCGCGACCUGACCGUCGCCGGCCAGGUUGUCCUGAACGAUGGAUCCUCGCACCUGGUGCACUUUGACAAGCCCCUGCUACGCAUCCCCACGCUGGCCAUCCACCUGGACCGCGAGGUGAGCUCCAAGGGGUUCCAGCCCAACUUCGAGGAGCACCUGCAGCCGAUGCUCGGCCUGGCCAAGACCCCCUCCUUCGCUGAGAAUCCGGCCUCCGGAAACCCGGCCGACGUGACCGCACGCCAUGAGCCGGCCCUGCUGCGCAUGAUCGCCGAGCAAAUCAGCACGACGGCCGCCCGGUCGGUGUCCGCGGCCGACAUCGCCGAGCUGGAGCUCUGCCUGGCCGACACCCAGCCAGCCUCCACCGGCGGCCUGGACGAGGCGUUCCUCUUUGCCCCGCGUCUGGACAACCUGGCUUCCUGCUAUGCCGGGCUGGAGGGCCUGCUCGGUGCCCUGGAUGCCCCGGCCCCGGCGGCGGCCGACCGCGAUGUCACCCGUGUUCUGGCCAUGUUCGACCACGAGGAGGUCGGCUCGACGUCGACCGUCGGCGCCGACAGCACCUACCUGUCGUCAAUCCUCCGGCGCAUCACCGGGGCCCUGGCCCGGCACCAGGCGGCCGCCGACGCGACCGCCCCCGUCCCCCCGGCCGAGGAGCUCUUCGCCAUGGCCGUGGCCCGGUCCUUCGUGGUGUCGGCCGACAUGGCGCACGCCGUGCACCCGAACUACUCCGGCAAGCAUGCCCAGAGCGGCCUGCGCCCGGCCAUGAAUGCCGGCAUCGUCAUCAAGUACAAUGGCAACCAGCGCUACGCCACCAACGGCACCACGGCCCAGUUCAUUCGGGCCAUUGCCCGCCGGGGGGAUGUCCCCGUGCAGGAGGUGGCCGUGCGCAAUGACUCCCCCUGCGGCUCGACCAUCGGGCCCAUCUGCACCUCGCAGACCGGCAUCGCCACGGCCGACAUCGGCAUCCCGCAGCUCAGCAUGCACAGCAUCCGCGAGGUGUGCGGCGCGUAUGACGUGGAGAACUACGUCCAGUUCAUGAAGGCCUUCUAUGCCGGGGGUAUCCCGGAGUAAGGCCCUGCCGAGGGCCGAGGGGAGCAUCCCCAUGCGCCGAUGGCUGCCGCCUUCCCGUCCGCCCGGUGCGGCAUUCGUCCAAUACACCUGUCACCACCAGGCAAAAA